CUCUCUCUCAAGUUACUAACAUCGCUUUCAUUUCUCACACACUUUCAUUUUUAAUCAUUCCUUUCGUUUUUUUUUCCUGCCGUGUUGAUCUAGAGUUGACUAACACUCACUACAUGCUUUCCUCUCUUCACUUCCUCGGUUGUUGAUCUGCAUUUUAUUUUUUUGGUUUGUGAAAUUUCACCGUGCACGUGUAGUGUAGACUAAAUUGAUUCAGAUGUAGAUACUAAUGAUGGUUAUUUCACUCCAAUUGAUGGACAGGGAGGCUUUGAUGUUCUGAUAGUCUUUCCUGAAUAGAUCUGGAGAAGGGGGGCACUGUCCUGGACUAAUCCGAUUAGGGAGUAUCCUUGCACCGAAUAUGGCAACCACGUUGACUUGGAGGUUAGCUGCCAACAAUGGCACCACCCUCGCUGCUAAUGACCUGGAAAGAAAUGGUGAUGGGAAGGUUCAAGAUACAGAGUCUCCAACACCCCAUUCUGUUUUGAAGAUGGGACUGAGAGAACGCAGUAGCAGCAUGGAGGAUCCAGAUGGGACAUUGGCAAGUGUUGCCCAAUGCAUUGAGCAGCUGCGUAAGAGUUCAUCUUCUAUGCUAGAGAAAGAGAACUCCCUGAAGCAGUUAUCGGAGCUUAUUGAUAUGCGUGAAAAUGCUUUUAGUGCUGUUGGAUCUCACUCUCAAGCAGUUCCAGUGCUUGUUUCCCUUCUCCGGUCAGGAUCCUUGAAUGUGAAGAUACAGGCAGCAACUGUCUUGGGCUCCCUUUGUAAAGAAAAUGAGCUGAGGGUUAAAGUCUUGCUUGGAGGAUGCAUUCCUCCAUUGCUUAGUUUACUCAAGUCCAGUUCUGGUGAAGGUCAAGUAGCUGCUGCCAAGACUAUUUAUGCUGUCUCUCAAGAUGGUGCCAAAGAUCAUGUUGGUUCAAAAAUUUUUUCAACUGAAGGUGUUGUGCCAGUUCUUUGGGAACAAUUGAAAAAGGGCAUGAAGACUGGAAAUGUAGUUGACAAUUUAUUGACUGGAGCAUUGAAGAAUCUCUCCAGCAGUACAGAGGGAUUCUGGAAUGCCACAGUACAAGCUGGAGGAGUGGACAUAUUAGUGAAGUUACUAACAACAGGACAGUCUGGCACUCAAGCCAAUGUGUGCUUUUUACUUGCGUUCUUGAUGAUGGAGGAUGCAUCUAUUUGUUCAAAAGUGUUGGCAGCAGAGGCAACAAAACAUCUUCUCAAACUAUUAGGCCCUGGUAAUGAUGCCCCUGUUAGAGCUGAAGCAGCCGGGGCGCUCAAAUCUCUGUCGGCUCAGUGCAAAGAUGCAAGACGAGAGAUAGCCAAUUCUAAUGGCAUUCCUACUCUGAUUAAUGCUACCAUAGCGCCUUCGAAAGAGUUCAUGCAAGGAGAGCAUGCUCAAGCAUUACAGGAAAAUGCUAUGUGUGCCCUAGCGAACAUCUCUGGUGGCUUGUCUUCUGUGAUCUCCAGCCUUGGUCAAAGCCUUGAAUCAUGCACUUCAGCUGCACAAAUUGCUGACACUUUAGGGGCUUUAGCUUCGGCUCUUAUGAUAUAUGAUGAAAAGGCAGAAUCCACAAGAGCAUCGGAUCCUUUGGCAGUUGAGCAGACAUUACUCAAUCAGUUUAAGUCUCAGUCUCCCUUCCUUGUGCAGGAACGGACCAUUGAAGCGCUGGCUAGUUUAUAUAGUAAUCCCAUACUAUCAAUUAAACUUACAAAUUCCGAUGCAAAGCGUUUGCUAGUUGGUUUAAUAACAAUGGCUGCCAGUGAAGUGCAAGACGAGCUUCUAAAAGCUCUCUUGACACUGUGCAAUAGUGGAGGCAGUUUAUGGCGUGCACUUCAAGGCCGUGAAGGAGUUCAGCUGUUGAUAUCUCUUUUGGGACUUUCAUCAGAACAGCAGCAAGAAUGUGCUGUUGCCCUACUAUGCCUUCUGUCUAAUGAAAAUGAUGAAAGUAAAUGGGCCAUUACUGCUGCUGGUGGUAUACCUCCGCUUGUGCAAAUUUUGGAGUCAGGAUCUGCAAAAGCAAAGGAAGAUUCAGCAACAAUCCUUAGAAACCUAUGCAAUCAUAGUGAGGAUAUACGUGCUUGUGUUGAAAGUGCUGAUGCAGUUCCUGCAUUGUUGUGGCUAUUAAAGAAUGGAAGCGCAAAUGGGAAGGAGAUUGCUGCAAAAACCUUGAAUCACUUAAUCCAUAAAUCUGAUACAGCAACUAUUAGCCAGCUUACAGCACUAUUGACAAGUGAUCUACCAGAAUCUAAGGUUUAUGUCUUAGAUGCCUUGAGAAGUAUGCUUUCUGUUGUUCCUCUUAGUGAUAUUUUACGCGAAGGUAGUGCUGCGAGUGAUGCAAUUGGUACAAUGAUAAAAAUUUUGAGCUCAAGCAAGGAAGAAACUCAGGCGAUGUCUGCAGCAGCUCUAGCAGGACUUUUUGAAACAAGAAAAGAUGUGCGUGAAAGCAGCAUUGCUGUUAAAACUCUUCUAUCAGUCUCGAAAUUGCUUAAUGUCGAAUAUGAAAGUGUCUUGAUGGAAACCUCACACUGCCUGGCUGCAAUAUUUCUUUCAAUCAAAGAGAACAGGGAUGUAGCUGCUAUUGCUAGAGAUUCAUUGUCUCCAUUGAUUGCACUAGCCAACUCCUCAGUUUUGGAAGUAGCAGAGUUGGCAACAUGUGCUGUGGCAAAUCUUAUUUUAGAUGGUGAAAUUGCAGAGAAAGCUGUUGCAGAAGAGGUUAUCAUGCCUGCUACAAGAGUAUUACGUGAAGGCACAAUUUCUGGAAAAACACAUGCAGCAGCAGCAAUUGCUCGCCUCUUACAUUCUAGGCAAGUUGAUUAUGCUGUAACAGAAUGUGUGAAUCGUGCUGGUACUGUUCUUGCGUUAGUUUCUUUUCUAGAUUCUGCCAUUAAUGGAUCUGCUGCCACAUUGGAGGCUCUAGAUGCACUCGCUAUUCUGUCCAGAUCAGAAAAAACCAGCGGAAAGAGUAAACCUGCAUGGACAGUUUUGGCUGAAUUCCCUAAAAGCAUAAGCCCUAUAGUCCUGUCUAUUGCUGAUUCUACACCAACAUUACAGGAUAAAGCUAUUGAGAUAUUAUCACGACUAUGUAAGGAUCAGCCUCUUGUCUUAGGGGACACUGUUGCUACUGCAUCUGGAUGUAUAUCUUCAAUAGCUAAGAGGAUAAUUUCUACUUCCACAAAUGUAAAAAAAAAAAUUGGAGGAGCUGCAGUGCUUAUUUGUGCUGCAAAAGUAAAUCAUCAGAAACUGCUGGAGGAUCUGAACUUAUCAAACUUGUGUGCUGGUCUUGUUCGAUCACUUGUUGAUAUGCUUAAUUCUUCAGACUCAUCUUUGGCCAAUCAGGGAGAUGACAAUAGGGAAGUCAUCAGCAUUUGCCGGCAUACAAAAGAAGAAUCCAGUGAUGAUCAAUCAAACAGUGGCACUGCCAUUAUAUCUGGUGCCAACUUAGCUAUAUGGUUACUGUGUAUCCUUGCUUGUCAUGAUGAAAACAGUAGAAUUGCAAUAAUGGAGGCUGGAGCGAUUGAGGUUCUCUCAGAGAAGAUCUCAAAUUAUUUCUCACAGUAUAGUCAGAUUGAUGAUAAAGAAGACAGCAGCAUGUGGAUUUGUGCUUUGUUGUUGGCAAUAUUAUUCCAAGAUAGAGAUAUUAUACGUGCACAUGCAACCAUGAAAUCUAUACCAGCUCUUGCCAAUUUGCUGAAGUCAGAAGAAUCAGCAAACAAAUACUUUGCAGCACAAUCAAUAGCUAGUCUGGUCUGUAAUGGCAGCAGGGGAACACUUCUUUCUGUGGCUAAUUCUGGGGCAGCAAAUGGACUCAUCACGUUGCUUGGCUGUGCCGAUACUGAUAUUCAGGAUCUUCUGGAAUUGUCCGAAGAAUUUUCUUUGGUACGUUAUCCUGAUCAAGUUGCUCUUGAGAGGUUGUUUAGAGUUGAUGACAUCAGAGUUGGUGCCACUUCUCGAAAGGCAAUACCUGCCCUCGUUGAUCUGCUUAAACCAAUUCCAGAUCGUCCAGGAGCACCAUUUUUAGCACUUGGGCUUUUGACUCAGCUUGCUAGAGAUUGUCCAUCAAAUAAGAUUGUAAUGGUAGAGUCUGGGGCCUUGGAGGCAAUAACUAAAUAUCUUUCGCUAGGUCCUCAAGAUGCAACUGAAGAAGCUGCUACAGAUCUGUUAGGAAUUCUGUUUGGCAGUGCUGAGAUACGGAGACAUGAAUCUGCGUUUGGUGCUGUCACUCAACUUGUGGCUGUCCUGCGUUUAGGAGGAAGAGCUGCAAGGCAUAGCGCUGCAAAAGCCUUAGAAAGUUUAUUCUCUGCUGACCAUAUUAGAAAUGCAGAUACUGCUCGACAAGCUGUUAAACCCUUGGUAGAGAUUCUUAAUACAGGUCUAGAGAGGGAGCAGCACGCUGCAAUUGCUGCAUUGGUUAGGUUACUGAGUGAAAACCCUUCAAGAGCACUCGCUGUUGCAGAUGUGGAGAUGAACGCAGUGGAUGUUCUUUGCAGGAUCCUUUCAUCAAAUUGUUCAAUGGACCUCAAAGGGGAUGCUGCUGAAUUGUGUUGUGUUCUUUUUGCAAAUACAAGGAUUCGGUCUACGAUGGCUGCUGCACGCUGUGUGGAACCUCUGGUCUCUCUCCUUGUAAGUGAGUUUGGUCCAGCUCAACACUCUGUUGUUCGGGCAUUGGAUAGGCUUGUUGAUGAUGAGCAACUCGCUGAAUUAGUUGCUGCACAUGGUGCAGUUAUCCCUCUUGUUGGCCUACUGUAUGGUAGGAACUAUGUUCUUCAUGAGGCCAUAUCGAGAGCUCUAGUCAAGUUAGGAAAAGACAGGCCUGCUUGUAAAGUGGAAAUGGUGAAAGCUGGAGUUAUUGAAAGCAUACUUGACAUCCUUCUUGAAGCACCUGACUAUCUAUGUGCAGCUUUUUCGGAACUCUUGCGGAUAUUGACAAAUAAUGCUAGCAUAGCUAAAGGACCAUCUGCUGCUAAAGUGGUAGAUCCCCUGUUUUCUAUGCUGACGAGACAAGAAUUUGGGCCUGAUGGACAACAUAGUGCAUUGCAGGUUUUGGUUAAUAUCUUAGAGCAUCCACAGUGUCGUGCUGAUUACACGUUGACUUCCCACCAAGCUAUUGAGCCACUUAUCCCUUUGCUUGAUUCUCCAAUAUCAGCAGUACAACAAUUGGCUGCUGAACUUCUCUCACAUCUACUUCUAGAAGAACACCUUCAGAAAGAUCCAGUGAUUCAACAAGUAAUUGGCCCGCUCAUAAGAGUUCUUGGUUCUGGUAUACACAUUUUGCAGCAGAGAGCUAUGAAGGCCCUUGUUAGUAUUGCACAUAUAUGGCCUAAUGAAAUUGCAAAAGAGGGUGGUGUUGUUGAAAUUUCCAAAGUGAUAUUGCAAGCUGAUCCUUCCAUUCCCCAUGCUUUAUGGGAGUCUGCUGCCUCUGUUUUGGCAUGUGUUCUGCAAUUUAGUUCUGAAUUCUACUUGGAGGUGCCUGUUGCUGUUUUAGUAAGGUUGCUUCGAUCUGGCUCAGAGAGCACAGUUGUUGGUGCAUUAAAUGCCCUUCUUGUGUUGGAAAGUGAUGAUGGAACCAGUGCAGAAGCAAUGGCUGAAAGUGGUGCCAUAGAAGCUCUCUUGGAGCUCCUAAGAUCUCAUCAAUGCGAGGAAACUGCUGCAAGACUCUUGGAAGUAUUGCUAAACAAUGUGAAGAUCAGAGAAACCAAAGUUACUAAAUCAGCCAUCUUACCAUUAUCCCAGUACCUCUUGGAUCCACAAACCCAAGCACAGCAGCCAAGGCUAUUAGCAACUUUGGCUCUUGGUGAUUUAUUCCAGAAUGAAAGUCUUGCUCGAACAAGUGAUGCAGUUUCAGCUUGUCGUGCUUUAGUGAAUGUGCUCGAGGAGCAACCAACAGAAGAAAUGAAAGUUGUAGCCAUAUGUGCUUUGCAAAACCUUGUAAUGUACAGUAGAUCAAAUAAAAGAGCAGUUGCAGAGGCCGGUGGUGUUCAGGUGGUUCUAGAUCUGAUAGGUUCUAGUGAUCCUGAAACAUCUGUUCAGGCUGCGAUGUUUAUAAAACUUCUGUUUUCAAAUCACACUAUUCAGGAGUAUGCUUCCAGUGAAACAGUCAGAGCAAUAACCGCUGCUAUUGAGAAGGAUUUGUGGGCUACUGGAACUGUGAAUGAGGAGUAUCUGAAAGCCUUAAAUUCUCUAUUUAGCAACUUCCCACGAUUGAGAGCAACUGAACCGGCAACUCUUAGCAUUCCUCAUCUCGUUACAUCCUUAAAGACAGGCUCAGAGGCUACACAGGAAGCUGCCUUAGACACACUCUCUCUGCUCAGGCAAGCUUGGACUGCAUGCCCGGCAGAAGUUUCAAGAGCUCAAUCCAUAGCAGCUGCAGAUGCUAUUCCUUUGCUACAAUACUUAAUCCAAUCAGGCCCACCUCGGUUUCAGGAAAGGGCAGAAUUCUUGUUGCAGUGUUUGCCUGGUACUCUGGUGGUGAUCAUCAAGCGUGGUAAUAAUAUGAAGCAGUCUGUUGGAAACCCAAGUGUUUAUUGCAAGCUGACACUUGGCAAUACUCCUGCACGGCAGACCAAGGUGGUCUCAACUGGCCCCAAUCCGGAAUGGGACGAAAGCUUUUCAUGGGCCUUUGAAAGUCCUCCUAAAGGCCAGAAGCUUCAUAUUUCUUGCAAAAAUAAGAGCAAAAUGGGGAAGAGUUCAUUUGGAAAAGUGACCAUUCAAAUUGAUCGGGUGGUAAUGCUAGGAGCAGUAUCUGGAGAGUACACACUCUUGCCGGAAAGUAAAAGUGGCCCCUCAAGGAAUUUGGAAAUAGAAUUUCAAUGGUCCAACAAGUGAUACCCUUGUCCUUUCUUAGUAUCAAGCUUUGGAUCUGGAACAUAGGGUACAUGGUUUAAAUUAAAUUUUUUUCACAUUUUCUAAUAUUUGUCAUGCUUUUGUAAUGUGUAUAUAACUGCAAUUGUUUAUUUUUUUGUCUCCGGUUCCAGACAAAUUCUUUUAUCAUUAAUAUUCUUUGUAACUUUAAGGUGUAAGUUACCAUCAUUGCCUUAGGAUAAACACUAGCAGGCCUGCUUGGAGCACCUUAUAUGCUUUUUGGAUGAUGUCAAUUUCGGGAAUAUAGUGGGUCUGUUUUAUCAUUUAUGCAUUGUGGGGUUGUACAAUGGCGAGCAAAUUCGUCAUAAAACAAUAAUAUGAAGUGUCAUGUUAAGGUCGCC